CCGUUAGUGCAGGUAUAAUGACGCGUAAGCGGGGACACCCGGGUCUUUUUCUUUUUCCAGUUCCAGAAAAUCCCGCGCCGUCAUUCGCGUCUUCAUUCAGCAGUUCACGCGCACACGGCGGAGGCGCUACUGUGCGCGCGCACCCACACGCGCACGCUUCAUGCGGUCGUGUUUUCAACACACAGGAACCCGGAGAAGCUUGUGUGUGCGUGUGUGUCUGUGUGUCUGUGUGUGUGUGUUUCUUCUUUACGCCAAGAUUGAUUUCGUGAAGCCGCGCGCACGCUUUCGGACCCGUCCUCAUUUCGCCUCGCUCGGUCUGCGUCUCCGUGCGGCGGAGCUGAAGGCGCGAGGUGACGGUAGAAUGGGCGAACCACUCCGGUUUCCACUGUAACUCUGGAAAUGGAGCCCACAUUCCCGCGGGGAGACAAAGAUGAGGUCCAUGUGGAGGAGCCGGGCCGUAUGCGUGCCGUGAGGAUGCGUGGUGAGGGGCUACUGUGGGACGACCCUCUGCACUUCUCGUGGCUGAUGGAGGCCGAGUCGUUCACAUCGUCAGUGCAGGCAGGUGGCCCUAUGCCCGGCACAGCCAUGACACUCGAGCAGAAGACCACCUUCGCCUUUGUCAUCUUCCUCUUCAUCUUCCUCUGCAUGCUGAUUGUGCGCUGCUUCCGUAUCCUGCUGGACCCCUACCGCAGCAUGCCCACCUCCACCUGGGCAGAUGGGCUCGACGGCCUCGAGAAGGGCCAGUUUGAUUACACACUAGCAUAGGGGAGGUGUACACACACUACAGACACAAUACUGACAAGAUACACCUAGUUAAAUGAAUCGCAAACAACCUUAAAUUAAGUAAUGAUUAAGUAAUGAUUACAGGCAAACAUUUUGUGAUGUAUAUUAAACACGUAGCUAAAAAUAAUAUAUACACACACUUUGGUAAGGAACCUAAAUGUGACUCGAUAUGAUAAAAAAAAAAAUACGUGCAUGGUUAGUAUAAUGUCAAGCUUGACAAAAAUAGAAAACGUCGAGUCUCACACACACACCAUGUGCACACACAGGGUGUAUUCUGAAAGGAGCAGUCAGGGAUUGUGAGUGCUGCCAGAGGCAGUUGUGGACCGGCGUGUGCUCCUCUGUGCCGCUGUGCGCCUGGUGACACUCAUACAGGGUAACCCAAGCGCUGCUCCUUCAGCUUCCUGCAAACGCCCAGCACUCGUUUCCUCUUCUCACCGACACCAUUGGUAUCUGCACUGUUGUAUACUGCCAAGUAGACAUCUUGAGAUAAUAUGUCCUUUUGAAGACCCUUUAUACGCACUUCAUAAAUACUACAUAGGUUAAUGCUUUUGUCUAUAAAAGUGAGCCUUAAGGUAUGCACUGUUAUAAAUCAAUACAGCUUAGUUUUGUCAGAGUUAGCGAUUAGGAUGUGUUUGUGCAGUGCUUACGGUUUCAUAAAGGGCCACUUAUACGUAUUAUGCUAAUUUUGACAUAGGCAAGAUGCUGGAAAAUAUUUUACACAGAUGCUAUAGAUGGCACUUGUGGGUUUGUUUGUAGCCCGGUGUGAAUGUUCGAGAGAAUUGGAGUCUUGUAUGUGUUUAAAAACAACAGCUCUUUAAAAUGUGAUCAUACAGUCAGCAUAUACUGCCUCAUUAGCACAAGAAACUGAAUUUAGAUCAGUUCCAUUUUAACAACUGAUCUGCCAUGAUUUGCUUUGUCAGCCUUUCCAUUUGAAGCCGUAGCCGCAGGAGCCAUAAUCGCUAAUUUGCCUUGAGAAAAUUCAUGGCUAAGAUCAAACGAUGAGGAAAGGCCACUUUUCAGAGGUGCCUCCUUAAUCAUUCAUGUGGUGUUAAAAAAAAUGUCUUGUCACAUUUGUCCAGAAUUUGGCUGAAUUGCACUGGAGUCGUUCUCCUUUUUAGAGCUUUUUAGUCUCUUUACCCAUCAGCCUGCCAAAUGAUGUUCCUUUGCACUUUUCUGUUGUCUCACCACUGUGAAUGAGCCAAUGAGAAACUAAGAGCACUUAAGGAGUGAGUGAGAACUGCCAGGACUUUGAUUACGACUGCCACUGUAUUGCAUGCACAAGCCACAUGAAUGUGUGAAUGUGUAAGAGAAAUUAAAGCACUGAGUAGUGCAAUGGGACUUGACAGACGUUUUCAAUGCAAAUGAUACUGUCAGUUAAGAUGAGUUCACUGUGAGGAUAUGCUUCAUUUCUCUGUGAAUAACCUUGUGUCUGGCAAGUAGGUUUUUAUCACAAAUGUUCAAAUAUGAAAUAAAUAAAUAAAUAACAAUAGAAACCCCCAAUUCAAUGUGGAAAUCCCCAAAACCAUGAGGAUAUUAGGACCUAAAUACUGUUAG